AUGCAUUCGGUGAACAUCUCCUUAUUUUUUGCUGCAUUUUCAUUUAUAGUUAACAUAAAUGCAAGGAAUGUAAACGAAGAAAAACCAAGAUUGUUCGGAUAUAGUUAUACAACAACCGUUAUUAAACCGCACAUUAUUACAUCUUUCAUACCAUCUUCUUGCGUUCAAGUUGAUGCUACAUUACCACCAUGCAGAAUUAUGAGAAGUUUUUCAAGUUUUCCAAGUUUAGAGAAAUCUCGAUCAUUAACUAGUUCUUUAAAUACAACCAUCAUGACCCCUAAAGAAGAUAAAGUACAAACCACCCCAUUAUCUUGGGGUGAAUACUUAGGAAUUUAUGCUCCAACGGUUACCGUUACGUCAACUCAAGUAAUUAUAACAACCGUAGUAGAUCCAGGAGUACAAGUUACUUAUGCUAUUAAAGGUUGUAAACCAAAAGUUUUACCAGCAGGAUUGGAAAGGUGUGCUUUAUCAAAUGAAGAAGAAAAUAAACGAUAA